AUGAUUGAUCAUUUUCAAUACAACAUUGGCGUACCCGCAGAAGAAUUGGCCAAGUAUUACCCUGGAGGCUACCACCCAAUUCAUCUCGGCGACAUACUCGAUAGGGGGCGAUACCGAAUUCUGGAUAAGCUUGGGUUUGGGUCAUUCUCCACUGUCUGGCUCGCUCGAGACGAAGUAAACGAUAAAAAUGUUUCUAUAAAAGUCGUAGUCUCAGAGCAGUUGCGGAAGCAUUACCGCGAACUGGAGGUCCUUGAGGCCAUCAAACAAAAUGGUGACCCUGCUCAUCCAGGUCACAAGUAUGUGUCUCAUCUUGUAGACUCAUUCUACCUUGAAGGCCCAAAUGGACGCCAUCUAUGUGUAGUCUUUGAGUUAUUAGGUCCCAAGAUAUGUUCAGUUGCCAAUAGGCAGCCUAACUACCGCCUCGAAGGCAAACUUGCUCGUCAAAUUUCUUCACAACUCCUUUUUGCUGCAGAUUAUAUCCGAUCCUGCGGUGUGGUACACGGAGAUAUACACUUGGGCAACGUUUUAUUCCGACUGUCUAAUCCCAACAGAACACCAACUGUCGACGACUUGCGGAUAGGAAAGGUUUCGAGAAAGGAUGGGUCAGCUAGCGAAAAGGGUGUUCCGGAGUCUCUUGUAGAGCCUCCGGAAUAUACAUUUGACAAAAGCGAGCUUCUUGACGAGGUCCAACUUGUCGACUUUGGCGAGUCGUUCUUCAUCUCCAAUCCACCUAAAUCAAUAUGCACACCGACCUCGCUCCACCCACCGGAACUGGUUUUCCGGCACUCGCUAACUGGAGCUGUUGACACCUGGAAUCUUGGAUGCACAACCUAUGAGCUUAUCACUGGGCGCACACUAUUCGAGGCAGGUUUCAAUGAUCGCGAGUUGGUACCGCAGUUCCAGAAGGUACUCGGAGGGGUCCCUGAGCAACGGAUCCAAGAAGGCCUAAAAGCAGGCGUGCUCACCGAGGAACCAGACGAAUCUGCUGCGGACGGGUUUCUGCCUCUUGAGGAGGAAAUACAGGCGUCAUACAUCAAUGGCUACAACAAGGAGACACUUGAUCUUGAUGUGGAGGAUCUUGCGGUAUUAGGAAGCUACCUUCGGAGGAUGUGUGUGGUUGAGCCGAUCAAACGAGCAAAGUUGGCGGAAUUAAUGUUGCAUCGAUGGGUCCAGGCGGAUAAUGGAACAUAA